UAAGAGCAGCUCUCUCCAUAGCAACUGAAAACUUUUCAAGGCAGCAAUAAACUAAUCCUCUCCAGCUUCCACAGCACCAUCAAGGAAUUUUAAAAACAUUGGACUUCCAGCAGCUAAAUAGUUCUGAGGAUUCGGCAGGCCACAAAGCUAGAUACACAAGCAAUCUUUUCCCCUUCAGAAGAUUCCUCAGGUUUCAAGUUUAAGCUGUGAAGUGCAAACAACAAUCCAACAUUCAGUGCAGAUCACGCACUGCAGGAAGAGGAGAUGUGUUUUCUGACCAAGCGUCCAGCUCUUGGGGUGGUAUGUUCCGCUUUCAUAUUCAGCGUGCUCGUUGCUGAAGGACAGCCUGGGGAAGAGCAUGGGCAGGAUGGCAGCUAUGCUCCCAGCCGAGGCUAUCUGAUGGAAGUUUUACGCGUUCUUUCAGCUGACAACACUGAGCUCCACAUGAACCACUCACGAGAACUGGUCAAAAUGUUACUGGAGCGAGCUGAGUGCCCACAGCGGAUUUAUGGCAUGCAAGAGGAUUGUAAUCUGUGCCUUGAACCAGAUGCUUUGCUACUAAUAGCUGGUGGAGAAUUAGAAGACCAUCUCAGCGAAGAAGUAUUUGAGAGAAUUUCUCUUAUUCUCCUCUACUACAUUCUUCAUCACAGAGAUGUGUGUUCUUCAGAAUUCAGCUUGAAAAAUAAGGAUUAUGCAUUUUACCUACAUAGCAUGCUUAGUUUAAGACAUGAAGAAGACUGUUAUUAUUUUUCACGGAAUGAGACUGAAGAUAUUUUGGCUGCAGUAAGGCAACAUUUUAAAACUUCUGAAACCCAGUGUGUUGAUGUGAGUACUCUGGAGAAAAAUGCUGAUAUAAUGGACAGAGAUGGUGCUGAUGAAAACACUCUUCCACGCCUGGCUGCUUUAAUCAUUACUCUGGCUCUCCAAGGAGUCUGUAUGGGGAAAGCAAGUUUGCCCUCCCCAGAAUUCUUUAUAAAAUAUAUUUUCAAUUCUCUAAACAGUACCACUGAGCUCCAAGUGACAGAACUAGAAGAACUCCUAAACGUGCUUACAGCCAAAAAGACCUGCACUGUAAAUGGACAAUUACACAGUCACAAGAGAAGACAUUCUAGUACGGCAAUCAGAGAUAUUGGAACCAGAAAUAUUCCAGUCAAGGCAAACCAUACAAGAGGAGAUUAUCUGAAAGGUUAUUUUGAAGAUCGUGAAAGGAGCACAGAUUGGGAUAAGGUUUGUUUCUCUGCCAGUGAACUUGUGAAGAUAUUUUUAAAAAAUAGUUCUUCCUCCAUUUCUAAGGACCACUUCAAGCAAAUCAGUCCAGCUAUUAUUCAGCAACUAUUAAGUUGUUCGUGUCAGCUUCCUGACUUCAAGCAGACAAAGCUUCCACCAACAGCUUUGGAAAAGUAUGGUUACAGCACUGUUGCUGUUUUACUUAUUACUAUUGGAUCUAUGUUUGGUACAACCCUCAUUUUAUUUAACUCCUGUCGAGAAACCUAUACACUCAUUUUACAGCUGUUUGUUGGUUUGGCUGUUGGGACGCUUUCUGGAGAUGCAUUGCUACACCUUAUUCCUCAGACUCUUGGUUUACAUAAACAUGAAGCACAAGAGGUAGAACAUUUCUAUGAGGGAAAAGAAUAUAUUUGGAAACUUUUGGGAAUAAUUGGAGGAAUUCAUGGUUUUUUUCUGAUAGAAAAGUGUUUCUUUCUUUUGGUGACACCACGUGAGCAGAGAAGCCCAGAAGAUUCUGAGCCUGCUGAAGUUCCUCCAGAGAGUAAGGCAAUCAGCAAAAAAAGUAAGAAAAUUAGCUUGUUAGCAAUAAUGGUUCUGGUGGGUGACAGUCUUCACAAUUUUGCUGAUGGCUUGGUAAUAGGAGCAGCAUUCUCGUCCUCAACAGAAACAGGUGUGACAACGACUAUUGCUAUUUUGUGCCAUGAAAUUCCUCAUGAAAUGGGAGAUUUUGCUGUGCUGCUAAGUACAGGGCUCCCCACGAAGGUUGCAAUUUUGAUGAAUUUCAUAAGUGCACUAACGGCAUUCUUAGGACUUUAUAUUGGCCUUUCUGUAUCAACUGACCCUUGCAUUCAAAACUGGAUUUUUACUGUUACAGCUGGAAUGUUCUUGUAUUUAUCGUUAGCAGAAAUGCUUCCUGAAAUGACUCAUAUUCAGACACGGCGACCCUGGUUGAUGUUUCUCCUACAGAACCUUGGAUUACUAUUAGGCUGGCUUUGCCUCUUACUUUUGGCUAUAUAUGAACAGAAAAUUAAAAUAUAAGUUUUCUGUUGGAAAUCUUGAAGUACCACUUGUGACAGUGGAUAGCAUUAUUCACAAUUUUGUCAUGUCUGCUAUAGUGAUAUAUAAAUUAAGUUACUGGGAUUUUUAUAUCUGAACAGUAGAUAACUAUUUCACUUUAUUAACUUAUUGUUCAGAUUUUGUAAUUUUUUUUUCAUAAACAUGAAUGUUUAGAAUUAUGUUUUAUUUGUUAUUGAGUUUACCAGAUCCCAUGCUCAAACUCACAGGAGCUUUUCAUUAGUUUUUAUUGAGACUGUUCUAGUUGAAUGCUCUAAGUGAUCUCUGCCAGUCACUGAUUGAAAAAAAGAAUAAAACACUUUUAUAUGCAAUAAUUAAAGUGGACUAACUGUAGUUGAAUAAUUUGAAGCAGAAAAGUUUGUUGCCUCUUAGUACAAAGAAUAAAUGUAUUUCUAUAAAACUAAAAACUAUAGCAAAACUAAACUGUUAAAUAGCAUACAGC